CCCGGCCCGGCUCGCAGAAGCGAUGCAGUUCUACAAGGAGAGGCUGCUGUCGCCCGGGCAGCUGAAGCGGCUCAGCGAGCACAAGUACAGCUGCACGAGCAACAGCCUCCUCGACGGCCUCCUGCAGCCAUGGUGGGACUGGCUGGUCAGCAAGGUGCCGCUCUGGCUCGCGCCCAACCUCAUCACCGUCCUCGGCCUGAUCGUCAACAUCGUCACCACCCUGAUCCUCGUCUACUACAGCCCGGACGCGAGGGUCGAGCCACCUAGAUGGGCAUGUUUUGUAUGUGCACUUGGUCUGUUUGUGUAUCAGAGUUUAGACGCUAUCGACGGUAAGCAAGCCAGGAGGACUGGCACGUCCACGCCGUUGGGCGAGUUGUUUGAUCAUGGAUGCGACUCGAUAUCGACAGUUUUCGUAGCUCUGUCAGCGUGUAUAGCCGUACAAUUAGGAUACUACCCCACGUGGAUGUUUUUCCAGUGCUUCUGCGCAAUGACGCUUUUCUACUGCGCCCAUUGGCAGACCUACGUUUCAGGUUCCUUGAAAUUUGGCAAAGUGGAUGUAACGGAAGCACAGUUUACGAUCAUAGCUAUUCAUCUGAUUUCCGCAAUUUUCGGCCCGCAAAUCUGGAUGCUGGAGAUACCAUUCUUAGAUGGUUUUAUGCUUAAGUAUUUAUUAGGAGUAAUGACAGUGGUGUGCGCACUGGCAAAUUUGUAUUCCAUAUUUUCGGUGAUUUUCACCGGAGGAGUGGGCAAGAAUGGUUCCACUGUGGCUAUGCCCGUGUUCGGUGUAGGCACGAUGAAUAACUACAUAGCAAUGGCCUUUUAUGCAGGCUACGUUCACAUGUUCCUUCAAUUCUGUAAAGUCUUUGAAUCCGGUGGGAUUGGAAAAAAUGGUUCCACAAUUGCAUUGCCAUACACUGGCACAGAGGUGAAGGUGUUUCCGUUAUGGGCUGCUGUGGGCAUCGCUAUUUUACUUGCACAAAGCAGCAUAUCCGUCAUUCUCGCCGGUGGUGUCGGAAAAAAUGGCUCCACCGUCGCAGGAACGUCCGUUUUAUCGCCGAUUAUACCGUUCAGUUUUGUGGUAGUACCGGCUUUUAUAAUAUAUAGAAAAAGCGCUGAACAUGUCUACGAAAACCAUCCAGCCCUGUACAUACUUUCGUUUGGAAUGGUGGCGGCCAAAGUUACAAAUAGACUAGUGGUCGCUCACAUGACUAAAAAUGAGAUGCAAUACUUGGACAGUUCGCUAAUCGGUCCAGCUAUGCUGUUCCUCAAUCAAUAUUUCAACUUUUUCAUCAAAGAAUAUUAUGUUCUUUGGCUGUGUUUUAUCUGGGUCACUCUGGAUCUCUUCCGGUAUUGUGCUCAAGUGUGUCUUGAGAUAUGCGAUCAUAUGAAGAUCAAACUAUUCAGGAUACCAUGCAACCACCACGCAGGCACUAUCCAGAUCAACGCCGCCGAGAAAAAUGUUCACAUGACGGUGGAAGAAGAGCCGCUGUUAGACGAGGAGUACCAUCACGGAUCCGACACGGCCGUCGACCUCUGAUAUAUAUUAGGCUCUAAGCCGUUGGUUUCUCGAUCGGCCACGCGCGACCACGGCUCGAAACGAUCGCGAUAACGCGAUACAGGAUUGCGGAACAAGUGAAGCUCGCGCCGAUCUCGCGGGGGACACCCGUUGUUGUCCGACACUGUCCACCCGCGAGGCCGCGCGGCUACGAUUGCACGAGGAAUGAAACCUGUGGUGUCUCUCACCCCAGCACGACGCAUGGUGUACCCUCGCAUACGUGCUCGCGCGUAGAGAAGAGAUCUACUGUCCCCGCAUCUCUCCCUUUUGUACCGCAAUAUAUUUUCUACGUACCGUUUCGAUACCACGUAUUUAUAUAUAAAUUAUAUUAGAUCCUCGACGGAAGCAGUACAAAGAGCGAUUAGGGCGACUGUACCGAGCCACCGAGCGAAAUCGCUUUUCUUUCCUGUUACGUGCGCGCCUGUCGGAUCGGCUACUUAAAUGGCAUUACUUAAGUGGAUGUACAUGGAGAACGAGGGGGUGCAUUACGGGUGUAAUAAUUGGCGCGAUGUCGCGGCAUUCAACGAACUUGAUACUUAUAGCUUAGAUAGUCGUAGUCGAGAUCAGCGAGUGCUGUCACGUUAACGUCUCGUCGAGAAGGAUCUCGAGGAUCCCUCGACGGGGCCGAUGAAAUGUAUUCGGAAUACGAAGAUUGUUAAAGCAUUACUUUGAUUAAACGUAGAAGCGAUAUAUUUUGACUUGCUGAAUUUUCGAGCGCGAUUGUACGCGACGCGGGAGCGACUUUCCCUCUUGCGCGCGACGUCGGCAGAAAGUUGGCGUCUGUUUUACAGUAACAAUAAUGUAAACAACGAGAGGCAGGCCCGAGAGCCUUGCGGGAGAACGUUAAAUAUAUGUAUAAGCUAGCAAGACGAACACUACAGUAUUACGAAUAUGUUACUCGUAGGUUUUUACUCUCUCACGAAUCUGUGUUUCAAUGAGAUCGUUCGCACGCGAACACCUUUCUUUGCUCGCAUAUAUACAUGUAUGUAUACACGGAGAGAAUUUUCUCGUAGAAUUUAUCCUAACAGUUAUAUAAACGUGGGACCACACGGCAUUUCAAGGAAUUUUACGAGAGUUUUUUGAAAUUCUUCAAAAUGCCAUGUUGUCCCACGAUCACACGAUUUACAGGGUAAAUUUUUAGAGAAACUUUUCUUCGUGUAGAUCGAAUCCACCGCACUGAUCGUUAGAUCCGUUAAGUUUCCACGAGCGCUGGAGACCCACACAGCACCGAAAUAUUUCAGAAAGCUCUCAAAAAGCUGUCAAUGAAAUAUGAAACCUUUCAAAA